CUUCAUCGCAAAUAUUUUUGAGGUGGUUCAUUGUUCUGGCACAAUAUGCCGCCCGGCGGCUCAAGGGUUGGACCGGACUGCGCGCACGACGGGAAAGCACACAUAAAAGCGGGACCACGAUCGGGAAGAGAGAGCAAAGAAAAUUUCAAAGAGUGUGCAGAGGACUGCUGCUAACCGAGUGGAAAACCUGUAAGAUCUCUGUAGUCAACUUGUGUCCUCUCCAAUCGUAGUUGCUUCUUCUCACGGGGCUGCUUCCCUAUCUUGGCUCACGUCGUACACGUAGUUCAUUAGGAGAUCGGUCGCUGCUAUAGCGUGAGCGAGAAGAAAAGGUUGCCGAAGAAAGGAGCAGGGGUAAAAGGUGGUACGGAAUAAAGUCAACGAAAGUAUUAAAAAAAAUCCACACAAUAUUAAGAAGUCAAAUCUUACGGCGCGCGCCGCUGGCGACACAGAAAAAUAGAGGCGUCACCGCCCCAGCCCCGUGCGCCGUCAACGAACCCUGCGGAAGGAGCAUUUUUGAAUAAUUCACUGGCACCACGCACGGCAACGAGGUUGUCACGCAGUGUUUUCCUUCAGCUUCACCAGUGUUUUUUGGAUCGCUUUGAUGGUCAUCGGAACGAAGAAGGAGAAGAUGAUAAACCACACGACCGUGUCCUCCUCCACCUUCAUUUUGACAUGCCUCCUCGCAGUCCUAACAAUUGUUUCUCCGGCCAGUGCUAUGUUGGCGACCAGCGGUCUGCAGGGGCAGCAGAAGUUCCAUACUUCUGGGCCUUUUUCCACGAGAAGUCAUGGUGGUAACAGUGCCUUAAUGCAACACUUCCAGCACCGAAGGGAGGUGGCGGAACUGUGGGGAUUGCCGAAACUCGUGUGGGUCAUCUAUGGCGUUCUCAACUGUUACAUUCUCAACUGUUGCAUGAAUUUGUGAUGCAAGAAUGGCAAAACUGAAAGGGGGAAGAUUGCGCCUUUUGCAUGACAGAUUUGGCGUAGAUUAUCAGCCUCUUUGGCCCUUCGGGAAUUUGUCAUGCGAAGCAGCUUAAUCAUGUCGAUUGCGAUUCUGAUUGGAACUUUGCAUGACAAAUCAUGUAACAGUUCAGAAUGUAACGUUUGAGAACGCCAGAUCAUCCUAGCGGACGUCGUCGCCAUGAUCUUGUUCAUUGUCGCCAUACCGGUCGUGCUGAAUUGCGUAUUAAUUCUGUGUACUUAGAGUUUUGUCUGUCCGGUAUAAUUCAGAUCUUAGUUGUAGAAAACAAAAUAUAAAGAUGUAGACCCAAAGUCAAAUAAACUUGUAGGUCUAAGUACUGCCAUUGCCUUGUGUGCAUUUUGAGCAUCGUGACACAGAUGUUAAGUUUACCGAACGCAUAUUUAUACAACUACAUCAGGCAAAACGGCGGCGGCCGCUGUUUCGAUGAAGCUAGUUGUUUUUUCCAGGGACCGGAGGUGAGCAAGGGACGGGAAACCAGCCGGCGAUCGCGGACAUUACGCUACAGACGGCAAAAGAGUCACCUACUACUUCGCACGGUGCUGCAGAACAAAGCGUGAUAGGCAGUCGGCACUAGCAGAGAACGAAAUGACCAUGUGGAAAUUUCCAGAACCGCUCUCGCCGGCCAAAGUCGGUAAGACUUUCGAUAUUCCUAUGCAAGAACAAAAUAUAAUACAGAGAAAUCUACCUAGAGAUGAAAAAAGCGGAAAAUAACAGAUUACUUCUCCGACCAACGCCAAAACUCUGUUACGAUUCUUUUAUGCCCAAGAACAAGAUUCAUUUUUCUAAAUGUCUUCACAGCUGCGCGACGAAUAAUGCAGAACGCGCGUGCAGCAGCCCCGCCCCCGUCGUGUGAGAUACUUACUUCAGGUGCCUGAGCCAUGUGAAGAUAUACCUGCAAUAACUCUUGCGCGAAAAGAAAAUGAUAUGCUGAAACUUUUCCAAGUUGAGACGAAUUAUCGAUGACGAUUCGAUUGACCAGGUGGCUAUUCACCUUGCCACGCAGCGACCUACCAGUAGCUCUUUCACUUUGCGGAUGGCGUUCUUGUUAAUUCCGGAUGGCGGUAGUCUCGUAGUCUUUCAGUUCUGACGAGUCUUCGUUCGCUGUUUCUGUUAUGCAAAGGAAAAAAUGUUACAGAUUUUGUGCUGGUGCAGUCGAAGCAAGACAGAUCAGGUAGAUCGCCCCUGGCACACUUUUUUCUUGCUGCAUAUGUGCGUCUAUUUUUAAUUGCGAGGACAUUACUUAGUACUUAAUAUAUAUCGAUCCUGUAGUGUUUGUUCCUUUGCAGACGAUGAACGUGAAAACCAAAAUCGUAUCCCCACACACCACAAGGAAGACCGUUAUGAUCUUGAAUUUGCUUUUCACCGAGCUACGUUCACCCCGCGCGAGCGCCGCAGAUACCUCGUUAGAAUGAUUCUUGUAGCCGCUGCUGCACUCCGUGCGAGUCCAAUGAAAAUAACAAUUACUGACUUAUGCUACGAGAUACCCUUCGCAUGAUUACCCCCAUGGUAGGUUCUUGCUCGUGCAUGAAGCUUUUUCGUAC